AUGAGUGUUAACCCAAGUAGAAAACGGAAACUUUCGGUUACUUCUAAAUACGCGCCAUCAUCGCGUGGCCUGCAAGAUGAAAACGAUUGCGUGCCUGCCAAAGCCAGAAAACUCGCAGCUCCAUCAAAGGUUAGUGUCUCACUUUGCUUAACGUUUUGAAUCAUUUUUCUUUGGUUAUAUCUCAGUGUGUUUGUAUUGGAUUUUAACAAGAGUGAUCCAAUUUACUUGUUUCUAGAAAUUUCAGCCAAGCGCAAUUGAGAAGUCCACCGCGGGCACGGUUUCAAAAAGGUUAGUGGUUUGGAAUUUUCAACUUUUGGUGACUGCGAAAUUCACUUUUAACAUCGUGUUAAGUUUGUUUUAUCAUUUUUUUUCUUUCUAUUAGCCUUAAAAGAGCCCACAGCGAGACUGAAUUAGACACAGAGACACCACGGAAAAAGAUCUUUUUGUCCGCACCUAACGUAAGUUUUUUUAUAUACUAUAAGCGCACGUAAGGGUCCAAAAGUCAGACAUCUCAAAAUUGAAACUCAGCUUAAUUAUUAAUCAUUUCCUGUUUCCAUCGUAAGUGAAGUUCAGUUAUAGGCAGAUUUAUUAACAAAAUGCAUAAUGUGGCCAUGAAAGACUUAAUUUGAGUCCGUGACUUACAGAAACAUUAGCGCACUCAAUAAUUAAAAACUUCGACGCCUGCAUGUGUUGUCGCCUAGGAAACCAAUUUGACUUCAAUCAUAAGUAACCAUAGUUACGUAAAUGAUCCUGGCGGCACUGAAAUCAUGAGAAACGUUUUGCCAACAAGGUUUCGAAACGAUAAAAAAAAAAGAAAAACAGAGAAGUUCAAUAAGAAAUUGAACGCAGGACGAAAAAGUAUAUAAUAGCCGUUGCUCCAGGGAAGUCAGAAAAAUCUUUUAAAGUAUUCUUGCUUCCUGGAAAACUCCGAAACAAAGCUUUUUCUAUAGUUUAGCUACAAUAAGGAAAAAAAUUCUUGUGAUGUUUUCUGGCGUAGCAAGACCCUUUACAAUAACGAUAAAAAAUUGUCCCUAGGAAAAGAAAGAGGUUGCUGAUGACAGGAAAGGAAAUUCAGUCCCUGGAACUAGUGGAACGCAACAAGUGGCGACUAGCAACAAGGGAAAUCGCCACAAAAAGACGCGAAGAGGUACUGAUAUAUAUAUACUAUUAAAUUGUUUAAGACGAGUGUGGAAAAGCGAGGUCCCCUCGCGUCUAACUAAUGAAUCUUUUGACUUUUCAGGAAGGCGGAAACCCAAAGGUCUUGCGGCUUACGAGAUGGGAGGAUGUCUCGGUGCUGGAGGAUUUGGACAAGUUUUCUCUGCUACGAGAAAGCGAGAUAAGCUACCGGUAAGCAAAGAAUUAUCUUUAACACUUGGACAAUUAAAAAAAAAUUAUCAAAAACAAAAAACGUAUAAAACAAAACAAAACAAAACAAACAAACAAAAUCAAAAAACGCUGUUACUCUCAAAGUCGAUUAUAGCGGAGAAGUAAGAGUUCUAAGUGAAGCGAGUCUGUGGAUGAAUUUUUUCUACUCGUUUUGAUGGUAAUUCACAGAACGUAAUCUGGGAUUCUUUGUUACGGAGUUGAUUUUGACCACCUUUAGGAAUGUAAAGAUGUUCGGCAAAAUAACUCGUUCGACACAAGCAAAUGCUACGUGAACAGACGCCUUUCUAGUUUUAGGCUCUUUGUUUCAUAGGAUACGUGACGCAUAAUCUUUUGCGAUUUGCGACUACACCCAUGCUAUAUCUUUACGGUGUGGAUUCCGUGUAUUGUAUUGCGCAUGAUCACAGAAACAUUUUACUCAAGGCUCAUUCUGCAUGGUAGGAUGACUCUCGGCUCCUCUGUGAUCAUGUGCUUAACAGAGAAAAUGGCUGUUGCUUUCAUGAUCGAAGAUGAAGACAAGCGACAAGUUAGUAAGCACCGUCAGAUUUAUUUUGUUUUGUCUAAUUUCAUUAAGGUGGCUAUCAAAUUUGUCAAGAAGGAUAGAGUCAGGAAUUUCAAAGAGGUAAGUUUAAGAUUUAGCCAUGAUUCAGGAACGCUGAUUUUCACUCACAAAAGUUCUUGCGGUCACCGGAAAUCAUUUAAUUUCCUCGGUUUCGUUUAGAAGAUUUGUUUGUUAAGAUCAUUAUUGAAACAGUUCAUUUAAUGUUCCACACUUUUCUUAUCCGAAAUUAAUAUCUUAUCUACAUAUCUAGCCGCGUUUUUUGAAAACGAACCUAAUGAAAUUUCAGCCAUUUGAGUGAAAAAGGGCAAAAAGCAGGUCUUUUCCGCCCGAAAAGCUCCAAAGGAAAAGGAAAUCGGGGAAAGAAAGAGCCAGGAGGAAGAAAGGAGAACAGAAAAAAGCAAUGGCUGCACUCUUAGUUUUUAGCUGGCUUCUUUGGAGAUUUUGGCCGUAAAAUAGCUGUUUUGUGUGAGAGGUUUAUUUGGCGGUUACGUUUUCAAAAAUCCGGUUGAGUAUAUAACUGAAUCAAUAGAAGGAGAUGCAGGCCAGCAAUGAACAGUUUUCGUAUGGACCCAAAUACGACGGGGAAUAUCUAUCGAAUCCCUGUUUUAACGCCCAUCGGGUAUGAGACGGCAACACCGCGUUGGCUAUCUGUCAUUUCAUAUCUAAAUAGUACGAGUGAUUUAUUUUAUUUAAUGUUUUUUUUUAAUUUGUAUUUCCCGGCAUCAUAUAAUCAGGCCCAAAUAUCAUGGCGAUUCCACUAAGCUUUUCAAAAUUAACUCUUAAACUACUCCAUAUAAAAUGUUUUUAGUACAGUAUAUAUUACUGGAUCAUCCUCUUUAUGGUCAAACUUAGUAGAAGAGGCUAAACUGAUUACGAAAGGCGGCAAACAUCAUGGAUAAAUCAACAGUACUGCAGUUUACGUUGAAAACUCCGUGACGGUGCAUGUUCCUUUGUUUUCUGUAUCACAAAUUGUACCUGAAAAAAUAAGGCGACGUUUUUAUUCAACAAUAAGCUCAAAAUGUUAGGAAAGCUAUAGAGAAUGCUAGAGAAUGGAAACAGACUUUCUUAGAUCUUUCUCCCUCUGUAGAUCAAUGGCAAGCAGUUCCCCGUUGAAGCUUACUACCAACGCCACAUUUGUCAUCCAAACAUCAUUCAGCUCCUGGACGUUUUCACUCACAAAGAAAAUUUCGUUUAUGUGCUCGAACGUCCCGAAGAUUCUUCGGACCUGUUUGACAUCAUGGACGUCGAUGACGGGAUGCUCGAAGACGAUGGAAGACGAUUUUUUACGCAGAUUCUUGAUGCCACGAUUCAGUGCGAGGAACAAGGUAUCUUGCACAGAGAUAUCAAGCCAGAAAAUAUUAUCAUUGACUUGACCAACAUGGAUGCAAAGCUGACUGAUUUUGGAUUGGCUUGUGAAACUCAGGAAGAACCAUUCAGGCGUUUUGUAGGUAAGAGUUGGGAAAAAAAUAGUCCGUUCACUGUUCAAUAUAUAUUGUCUGUGUCAUCUUUUGGCACGAUUGAUUCAAACGAGAUCAAUUGACUGACUUAUCCAAGCCUUUGUGCAACAGCAUCAAGCAGAUAGAUCAAAUAUGCAAGAGAGAAGCUUUCUCACCAAAGCUUCUUACUAACAGCUAGUACACAAUAUGUACUAACGUGAGUGUGGGAGUGCUCGAGAGAUGAGAUAUCAUCAUUUGAGUUCUAGAUCCUAACGAACGUAGAACAAACUUUAUCGAAACACAGAAACCGAUGAUUAAUUUUGUUCAUUGCGCAAAAAGCUGAUAAUGACGUCACUCUUUCUCUCGAUCAGUCCCUAUGAGCUCAUGCUCCUGAUAAUAACCUAUCUGGCUCCCAAUCGGACAUCACUGUCCAACGAUAACUUUAUAGUCUUUUUUUUUUCUACUGCAAACUUAUGAACACUCAUGAAGGUUGAGAAAAAGUCUGAUAUAUUCUCAAUUUCAACUUUACAGGAACCCAUCACUACUGUCCCCCAGAGUUCUUUUCGCAUCACUGUUUCUUUGGUAACCAAGCCACUGUUUGGCAACUGGGCUUCUUGCUAAACGAAAUGCUGUCCGGAGAGAUGCCUUAUGUCAAGCCUCGUAUGGCCCUGUACAUGCCUCCAUCCGUUCCUAAAUACCUUUCAAAAGGUAAGGACGUUUUUACGUACCAAGCAGUUUACGGUGCUUUGACUCUCACAAUAAAACAAAACUUGAGCGCGGCUGGCUAACUUAUUUUAAUAUUCCAACUAGACUGUCAACAGGCUGUCUUGAGAGGUAUAGGUCCCUUGAGGCACUCUCAUAUGAAAGAGGCGGAUACGAUAGUCGGAAAACUGAAAUUGAACCCCGAAAGGCGACAAGUUUGGACUUGGCUCAGGCUUUAAUUAUUCGGCCCCCAUGAGACCAAACUUCAACACGGUCCUGUCUGACAGCGUUUGUUUCUUUUUAUAAAGAACUUUUUAUGCGUGAAACGCCAAGCGAUACCUUUAUUUGUAAAAAUGUUGACCUUCCACCCUAAACACCCAAACUGAGAUAAAAAUUUGUAGUUUCUUACCCUAAGCAGGAUAAAGAGCAUCCCCGUCAUGGGAGUUCUUACCUCUCCCGAAUUAAGGAUUAAGACGAAGAGAAGCUAGAAUCGAAAGCCCACAAGUAGCUUCUACCAAAGAUGUGUUACGAUUGAAAAGCGUGUCGACAAAAAUUAGGCUGUUACGUGCGAAUCAUUAAUUAGAUUAGCAUUAGAUUCGAUCUCAGAAUAAGAUUUUUUCUGAUUGGAUGAAAGGGUAACAUAAGCCAUUUUAACCCAUCAAAAGAAAUCGUUAAAGGUAAUACUUGCUUUAUACUUUUAAGUACAAAGUCCAGUGAACCGUGCCGUGCUAUAUGAAAUAGGCUUUAGUCGCAGAAAAUCUGAGGCAUAAUUAUUUGUCAGUAUAAAUGUUUCGCCCCAUUUAACGGAGUGUGGCUUUCGGAAUCCAGAAAAAUUUUACAAUUGGAAUCUGGAAUCCUGAGCUUUGGAAUCCGGAAUAUAGCUCAAGGAUUCCGGAAUUAUUAACCCCACUAACCACUGGAAUCCAGAAUCCAAGUCCCACUGAGAAAGAUUGGAAUCCAGUACUUGGAAUCAGGAAUACACUGCGCUGUGGAAUCGAGAAUCCAGGGCCGGGUUGUUAAAAGCUGGGUUAAAAUAACCCAGAGUUAGUCUGAAAUUUGAGUUCAGAUAUGAAGGCUUAAAUAUCAAAUUCAUUUUAAUUCUCUUUGUCUAUAAUUUUUUGAGAGCAUGCUAUAAAUUGAAUAGAGAAAGUUAUCGGAGAAAUUGCUUUUUGAACAGAAGAGAAAGAAACACGGAUUGAUAUUUAACCCAAGAUUUGCGCUAAUAGGCCUUCGAACAACUGGGCCCAAAACCGUCUUGGAUUCUAUUACAUGCAGGCAAAAUGUUUAAGUGUACCCCACUUGCUUUUUUAUAAACCCAUAAGUUAUACUUGCAAAACCUGAAAGAAAAGAAAACCGAUUAUUUAAUAUCCUUUGUUUUCAGAGGCUCGCUCUUUGAUUUCAUGGAUGCUUUCCAGGGAUCCAGAUCAGCGACCAACUUUGCAACAAAUUAGAAACCAUUCCUGGAUUAAUAAGUAA